AUGGUCAACUCCUGUUGUGGCUCCGUCUGCUCUGACCAGGGCUGUGGCCAAGGCUGCUGCCAGGAGACCUGCUGCCAGCCCAGCUGCUGCCAGACCACCUGCUGCAGGACCACCUGCUGCCGCCCCAGCUGCUGUGUGUCCAGCUGCUGCCGCCCCAGCUGCUGUGGUUCCUGCUGCUGCAGGCCCACAUGCUGCAUCUCCAGCUGCUGCCAGCCCUGCUGCCGCCCCAGCUGCUGUGUGUCCAGCUGCUGCCGCCCCUCCUGCUGUGGUUCCUGCUGCUGCAGGCCCACCUGCUGCAUCUCCAGCUGCUGCCGCCCCUCCUGCUGUGGCUCCAGCUGCUGUGGCUCCAGCUGUUGCCGUCCCUGCUGCUGCCCCUGCUGCUGCCUCCGCCCAGUCUGUGGCCAAGUCUCCUGUCACACCAACUGCUAUCGCCCCACCUGUGUCAUCGCCACCUGCCCUCGCCCCAUGUCCUGCUGCUGCCAGGAGACCUGCUGCCGCCCCAGCUGCUGCCAGACCACCUGCUGCAGGACCACCUGCUGCCGCCCCAGCUGCUGUGGUUCCAGCUGCUGCCGCCCCAGCUGCUGUGGUUCCAGCUGCUGCAGGCCCACCUGCUGCAUCUCCAGCUGCUGCCGCCCCAGCUGCUGUGGUUCCAGCUGCUGCCGCCCCUCCUGCUGUGGUUCCAGCGGCUGUGGUAGCAGCUGCUGCCGCCCAUCCUGUUGCAUUUCUAGCUGCUGCCGCCCCUCCUGCUGUGGUUCCAGCUGCUGUGGUUCCAGCUGCUGCCGCCCAUCCUGUUGCAUCUCCAGCUGCUGCCGCCCCAGCUGCUGUGGUUCCAGCUGCUGCCGCCCCUCCUGCUGUGGUUCCAGCUGCUGUGGUUCCAGCUGCUGCCGCCCAUCCUGUUGCAUUUCUAGCUGCUGUCGCCCCUCCUGCUGUGGUUCCAGCGGCUGUGGCUCCAGCUGCUGUCGCCCCAGCUGCUGCCCCUGCUGCUGCCUCCGCCCCGUCUGUGGCCAGGUCUCCUGUCACACAAACUGCUAUCGCCCCACCUGUGUCAUUGCCACCUGCCCCCGCCCCAUGUGCUGCGCCUCCUCCUGCUGCUGA